AUGUAUUGUAUCAGUCUUAUUGAUCGCACAAAUUUAUCCAGUGCAGCCAUUGCUGGCAUGAAUGAGGAUCUCAUGUUGCUUGGCGACAGAUAUUCUAUCUUAGUCCUUCUCUUCUUUAUUACAUACACCUUACUACAACCGCUGGCAACCAUAAUUUUGCGAAGGGUCGGCCCCAGGCCCUUUUUGGCCGGAAUUUGCUUCUCAUGGGGCGUUGUCAUGCUCGGCCAUGGCUUUGUGAAUGUAUGGUGGGCCAUGACGCCUCUCCGUGUCCUUCUUGGUGCCUUUGAGGCAGGCUUUUUCCCAUGUUGUCUGUAUCUCAUCUCGACCUGGUUUUCUCGUUAUGAACUUCAUCGUCGUUAUUCUUUCUUCUAUCUGAUCGGCGUUCUGGCUAGUGGGUUUUCUGGUGUUCUUGCGUAUGGGCUUAUGCAAAUGGAUGGGCUUUCUAACUACCGUGGCUGGCGUUGGAUCUUCAUUAUUGAAGGUAUCAUAACGAUGAUAAUCGCUUGUGUUGGAUAUUUCACCAUUGUCGACUUCCCUGACCGCAGCGUCGAGAAGUCGUGGAACUUUCUGUCUGAGCGUGAAUGUCAAUGGGUAAUCCGCAAGAUCUCCGCUGACCGAGACGAUGCCGACAUCGACAAGUUCGACUUCAAGAAGUGGGCAACCAGUGGCCUUGAUCCUAAAGUUUGGGGUUUUGCUCUUAUUUUCUGCUUCGUCACCACGACAUCCUACGCUGUUGCUUAUUUUCUGCCUAUCAUCCUUCGAGGCAUGGGAUUUUCUGUUGCAGCUUCGCAACUACUGGUCGCCCCUCCCUAUGUGAUGGCCUGUAUCAUGAUGAUGAUUGUGUCUUGGUUUGGUGAUAAGUAUAAGACGAAGGCCCCUAUCUUGAUCAUCUGCAGUACUCUUACUAUCGUCGGACUCAUUAUCAUGGGAUUCACGACCAGCAUCGGCUCUCGUUACUUUGGUGUCUUCAUGGUCGCUGCGGCUGCAAACACUAACCUUCCCACGAUCAUGGCAUAUCAGGCCAACAACAUCCGGGGACAGUGGAAACGUGCUUUUUGCUCAGCCACGCUGGUAGGCUUUGGAGGCAUCGGCGGUAUUGCUGGUUCACUUCGACCUGGCAUAUAUGCUACCAUCACCUGCAAUAGCCUAGUGAUCAUCAUAGUGGCUUUACUCUCCGUCCACUUUAGAAGAUGCAAUAAGAAGGCUGAUCAGGGUCUAUUGAUUAUUGAGGGGCUUGAGGGAUUCCGCUAUACGAUCUAG